CAAGAGCUCUCAGACGGUAGCAAGAGCUCUCAGACGGCAGCAAGCUCUCUCAGACGGUAGCAAGCUCUCUCACACGGCAGCAAGCUCUCUCACACGGCAGCAAGCUCUCUCAGACGGCAGCAAGCUCUCUCAGACGGCAGCAAGCUCUCUCAGACGGCAGCAAGCGCUCUCAGACGGCAGCAAGCGCUCUCAGACGGCAGCAAGCACUCUCAGACGGCAGCAAGCGCUCUCAGACGGCAGCAAGCACUCUCAGGCGGCAGCAAGCGCUCACAGACGGCAGCAAGCACUCUCAGACGGUAGCAAGCGCUCACAGACGGCAGCAAGCACUCUCAGACGGCAGCAAGCGCUCUCAGACGGCAGCAAGCGCUCUCAGACGGCAGCAAGCACUCUCAGACGGCAGCAAGCGCUCACAGACGGCAGCAAGCGCUCACAGACGGCAGCAAGCGCUCUCAGACGGCAGCAAGCGCUCACAGACGGCAGCAAGCGCUCACAGACGGCAGCAAGCGCUCUCAGACGGCAGCAAGCGCUCACAGAUGGCAGCAAGCGCUCACAGACGGCAGCAAGCGCUCUCAGACGGCAGCAAGCGCUCACAGACGGCAGCAAGCACUCUCAGACGGCAGCAAGCGCUCACAGACGGCAGCAAGCGCUCACAGACGGCAGCAAGCGCUCUCAGACGGCAGCAAGCGCUCUCAGACGGCAGCAAGCGCUCACAGACGGCAGCAAGCGCUCUCAGACGGCAGCAAGCGCUCACAGACGGCAGCAAGCGCUCUCAGACGGCAGCAAGCGCUCUCAGACGGCAGCAUGCGCUCACAGACGGCAGCAUGCACUCUCAGACGGCAGCAAGCGCUCACAGACGGCAGCAAGCGCUCACAGACGGCAGCAAGCGCUCUCAGACGGCAGCAAGCGCUCACAGACGGCAGCAAGCGCUCACAGACGGCAGCAAGCGCUCUCAGACGGCAGCAAGCGCUCACAGACGGCAGCAAGCGCUCUCAGACGGCAGCAAGCGCUCACAGACGGCAGCAAGCACUAUCAGACGGCAGCAAGCACUAUCAGACUGCAGCAAGCGCUCACAGACGGCAGCAAGCACUCUCAGACGGCAGCAAGCGUUCACAGACGGCAGCAAGCACUAUCAGACGGCAGCAAGCGCUCUCAGACGGCAGCAAGCGCUCUCAGACGGCAGCAAGCGCUCUCAGACGGCAGCAAGCGUUCACAGACGGCAGCAAGCACUAUCAGACGGCAGCAAGCACUAUCAGACGGCAGCAAGCGCUCACAGACGGCAGCAAGCACUAUCAGACGGCAGCAAGCACUAUCAGACGGCAGCAAGCGUUCACAGACGGCAGCAAGCGCUCUCAGACGGCAGCAAGCGUUCACAGACGGCAGCAAGCACUAUCAGACGGCAGCAAGCGCUCACAGACGGCAGCAAGCACUAUCAGACGGCAGCAAGCACUAUCAGACGGCAGCAAGCGCUCACAGACGGCAGCAAGCGCUCACAGACGGCAGCAAGCACUAUCAGACGGCAGCAAGCGCUCACAGACGGCAGCAAGCACUAUCAGACGGCAGCAAGCACUAUCAGACGGCAGCAAGCGUUCACAGACGGCAGCAAGCGCUCUCAGACGGCAGCAAGCGUUCACAGACGGCAGCAAGCACUAUCAGACGGCAGCAAGCACUAUCAGACGGCAGCAAGCGCUCACAGACGGCAGCAAGCACUAUCAGACGGCAGCAAGCACUAUCAGACGGCAGCAAGCGCUCACAGACGGCAGCAAGCACUAUCAGACGGCAGCAAGCGCUCACAGACGGCAGCAAGCACUCUCAGACGGCAGAAAGCGUUCACAGACGGCAGCAAGCGCUCUCAGACGGCAGCAAGCGUUCACAGACGGCAGCAAGCACUAUCAGACGGCAGCAAGCGCUCACAGACGGCAGCAAGCGCUCUCAGACGGCAGUAAGCGUUCACAGACGGCAGCAAGCACUAUCAGGCGGCAGCAAGCACUCUCAGACGGCAGCAAGCACUAUCAGACGGCAGCAAGCACUCUCAGACGGCAGCAAGCGCUCACAGACGGCAGCAAGCGCUCACAGACGGCAGCAAGCGCUCUCAGACGGCAGCAAGCGCUCACAGACGGCAGCAAGCGCUCACAGACGGCAGCAAGCGCUCUCAGACGGCAGCAAGCGCUCUCAGACGGCAGCAAGCGCUCACAGACGGCAGCAAGCGCUCUCAGACGGCAGCAAGCGCUCUCAGACGGCAGCAAGCGCUCUCAGACGGCAGCAAGCGCUCACAGACGGCAGCAAGCGCUCUCAGACGGCAGCAAGCGCUCUCAGACGGCAGCAAGCGCUCUCAGACGGCAGCAAGCGUUCACAGACGGCAGCAAGCACUAUCAGACGGCAGCAAGCGCUCACAGACGGCAGCAAGCACUAUCAGACGGCAGCAAGCACUAUCAGACGGCAGCAAGCGUUCACAGACGGCAGCAAGCGCUCUCAGACGGCAGCAAGCGUUCACAGACGGCAGCAAGCACUAUCAGACGGCAGCAAGCACUCUCAGACGGCAGCAAGCACUAUCAGACGGCAGCAAGCACUCUCAGACGGCAGCAAGCGCUCUCAGACGGCAGCAAGCGCUCUCAGACGGCUCCAAGCGCUCUCAGGCGGCAGCAAGCGCUCACAGACGGCAGCAAGCGCUCUCAGACGGCAGCAAGCGUUCACAGAUGGCAGCAAGCACUAUCAGACGGCAGCAAGCGCUCUCAGACGGCAGCAAGCGCUCUCAGACGGCUCCAAGCGCUCUCAGGCGGCAGCAAGCGCUCACAGACGGCAGCAAGCGCUCUCAGACGGCAGCAAGCGUUCACAGACGGCAGCAAGCACUAUCAGACGGCAGCAACCCCACGUGGACGACGGAGGCGGGGAGGAAGGGGCGCCCCGGGACGCCCACGCCGGAAGG